CAAAGGCGCUCGCGAAGCGCACGUGUUUUCCCCGGUGAACUUUCGGAGGAGCGGCUCGAGUUUAGCGACCAGAACUUCGCGAUUCACCAGAAAUGUCGUGGUUAUUCGGGAUCAAGAGGGAUCAACCAGGCGGCGGGGAAAUGCCGGACCUCUCGAGCCUCGGUGUGCCCGUCCCGAGCGGCGGCGCCGGUGCUGGUGGCGGCGGAGACGACGGCAAGAAGUCAUCGAGGAUGGAGGGUUAUCACUUUGACUCGAGCGCUCUCGAAAGGGCGGCCAAGGCGGCGCGUGAUUUAGAAGCAUCGCGCCAUGCAAAAGAGGCACUGGAGCUAUCAAAGAUGCAGGAAAAGACGCUUCAACUAGAGCAUCAAACGAAAAUUAAGGAGUUUGAAGCCCACAUUGAACAAUCCAAGCUUGAUGCCCACAGAGUGCAGCAGGAAGAGCGGAGAAAGACAUUGUCUGAGGAAACGAAGCAGCACCAACAGAGGGCUGUAUAUCAAGACCAGCUUGCAAGGAAGCGCUAUGAUGACCAACUGCUGCAACAGCAACGAGCAAAUGAGGAAAACUUGAAGCGGCAGGAGGAGUCAGUCGCAAAGCAAGAAGCCCUAAGGAGAGCUACCAUAGAGCACGAAAUGGAGCUGCGGCACAAGAAUGACAUGAAGAAGCUGGAGGCUGAGCUUCGAGCCAAGGCCAAGAUUGACCGUGAGAACCAGGACCUCUACAUCGAACAGAUCAAGGUGAAGGCUGCCGAAAACAGGGCCACUGUCCUCGAGUCAAUCAAGACAGCAGGUGCAGUGUUUGGCGAAGGAUUUAAAGCAUUCAUCACUGACUGGGACAAGGUGUCAGCCACGGCUGCUGGCGUGACAUUGCUGGCCCUUGGUGUGUACUCGGCAAAAUUGGGCACAGGCAUUGCAGCGCGAUAUGUAGAGUUACGCCUAGGUAAGCCGUCGCUGGUGCGCGACACCUCUCGACUCACAGUCAUGGAAGCUAUCAAGCACCCUAUUCGCACGGUCCGACAGCUCACGAGCAAGCCCACUGAUGCGCUCAAAGGUGUUGUGCUUGAUCCCAAGCUGGAGGAGCGGCUAAGAGAUAUUGCCAUCGCCACAAGAAACACCAAGAAGAACAAAGGGAUGUACAGGAACAUUCUUAUGUAUGGGCCUCCCGGUACUGGCAAGACGCUCUUUGCCAAGCGUUUGGCUCAGCACUCGGGCAUGGAAUAUGCGCUCAUGAGUGGUGGUGAUGUGGCUCCAAUGGGCCGUGAAGGUGUGUCUGCAGUUCACAAAGUCUUUGACUGGUCUCAGACUAGCAGGCGCGGAGUGCUGUUAUUUGUUGAUGAAGCUGAUGCGUUCCUCAGGAAACGCAGCUCAGAAAUGAUCAGUGAAGAUCUUCGUGCUACUCUCAAUGCUUUCCUUUAUCGAACUGGAGAGCAGUCCAACAAGUUUAUGCUAGUUCUCGCCAGCAACACACCCGAGCAAUUUGACUGGGCCGUGAGUGACCGAGUGGAUGAGAUGGUGGAGUUCCGUCUGCCUGGCCUGGAAGAACGUGAGCGUAUGGUGCGCCUUUACUUUGACAAGUUCGUCCUACAGCCGGCCGCUGAGGGCAAGAGGAGGCUCAAAGUGGCCCAGUUCGACUAUGGCAAGCUCUGCUCCGAUAUAGCCCAGAUCACGGAAGGGCUUUCGGGACGUGAGAUUGCCAAACUGGGAGUGACCUGGCAGGCGGCAGCAUAUGCUUCGGAUGAUGGUGUUCUAACCGAAGCUAUGAUUAUGGACCGUGUUCAUGACGCUGUGAAGCAGAACAGGCAGAAAGUGGCCUGGCAGACUGAGGAAGAGCACCGCAAGCGGACUCCGGGGGGGUUUAGCUCAUCCACGACACCCUAUGCUAGUCACCCUGCAUUGCCUCCGAGCACAGCAGCGUCAUCUUAGCAUCGCCGUUUCAUGUAUAUAAUGUUGAUAGGCAGUUUUUUGAAAACUUGUAUAGUAUAUGGUAGCAUUACUAUAGAAGAAAAAGAAUGUAAGCAUAUUGUUUAGGUCCACUCAUAUUUGUAGAUGGGAGAUACCACCCAUGGCCACGUGAUUAACUUUCACGUGAAGAUCAUUGUAUCGUCUAAGUGUUCAUAUUGAACUCACAAUGAAACAAACCAGAGGUGGGCUUUCUACUAUAAUGACGAGGGUUAUUGAUGUGAGCAAGGCACUGUAGUAGUAGUCUCUGUUCAACUUGCGAAUAAUGAAAAAAUGCUUUUUUUUAUAAACUUGUAGAAUAAAAAAACUAAAAUUCUACUUGGGCAUUGAAUACAUCAGUGCUAACCUAAUUGUACCGUGUAACCUUUGAAGUCCGAGAUAAGUAGCACCAUGAACAAUUGCAUGACUGACUGUUGUUGAUCAUUACUUGUGACCAAUUCACGAUGACGUUGUCCUGUCACUGUUCGGUUCAUUCAAACAACAGUUUUAGAAUGUACUGCUGUAAAAUUGUUCUGUAUAAAACUGAGCUUGUUGCAUUGUAGAUUGCUCAUUUUUUAUUAUACACGUGACGUCAUGCUUAUUUGUUAGAGUAAUUGUACUGUGCAGUACCACCAUUUUUACGGUGACAGUAAUUAAAGAAGCUUGGAACUUUGUUUCUCUGUCCUUUGCAUUGUGCAUUCAAAAACAGUAAUGUGCAUUACUUAGUUGUCGUUGUUCUCUUAGACUGUCUCCCAAACCUCGGCUUCAUCUUUGCCGUGUGCCGUAAAAAUGAAAAAAUAAAAGCUAGCUCGCAACUGCCAUUAUGCCAUUAAACUGCGUGUUGCAAGUAGAUGAACCAAGCCGGAGUAGUGCCAGUGAGUGUAACUCUAUAGUACGUACUGUGUAAAAAAAAACACGCAAUAUCAGUGUAAAGAAAAAAUUGUGACAUUAUUUCUGAUAUCUUUGUUCCGUCGGGUGGCUGUUAACACCAUGAAAGCUGUAUAAUUUUACUAUUCUUGAAAUAUACAUUUAUGUCUUCUUUCAAAAGCAUCAGUUUUUAUUUAUUGCAUGCAAACAUUGGCACCGCCUCAUUGCAUAGGUUAUUGAGAAAAUGGUUCCCUCUCUAUGUUGAAAACUGGGAAUGGUGGUGGAGUUAUGGCUUGGCACAGGCGUCACACUUCUUGCAUUAUUUGCUAAACAUUUUUUUUUCCUUGUCAAGAAAAGUUAAGUGCAUGCUUCGUUGGCCAUUGUUCUCUUUUCCACUCUGCAUUCGCAGUUAACACUAAAUGAGUGUGGUCCCCUGCUGUCACUUCUCUGAUAGCGCUGCGCCACUUGCGUUCGACUCGCCCCGUUGUCACAUCUUGUGGCAUAUUCGUUACAGUCUCUCAAAGAUGUCUCAUGACUACAGGCCUGGUGCUUUGAAAACAGGCUGGCACUGUACUUGAUGUGGUUAGAAUUAUUUGCAUUAAAAGACUGCUCUGUCAUUAUACAUAAUUAGUUCCUCAUUCAAGGCAAUGAGAUCUUUUAAUGCUGUUGCAAAUAAUUCAUCAGCUGCCUAGUAAAAGAGGGGUAGUGAAGAGAGAACUAUUGUCUGUACUUUAUCAAACACUCACAAAAGUGGUUGUAGAAUAGUAGAACAGUGUGCGAUACCUAACAGUUUUGAUAUCGUAUAGAUUUAGAACGCCUGUGGUAUUUUUUUUUCUAUACUUGGAGACAGCUCAAGAAAAAAGCAGCUUUUCACCAUCAAAGAAACCCCCUUCAGUUAAUUACAUCGUUGUGUCAUUGUUGCCAUGCGGCAGACUGCCUUCGUGCUGAGGUCAUGUGAGAAAUUGCAAAGCAGUGUUUCAAAGUGUGUCACCAAGCUUGUCACAAAGUGCCGCAACAACGUUGGCCCGAAGGGGUCCUUUGACAGUAAAAAUCUGCUUUUUUCAUCAGUUGUAUCCGAGUAUAAUGCGAUUAUUACGUACACCCAACUGCAACAGUUUGCAGUACAAAGAAUCUUAGAGAUAUCUGUAUUCACUAGGCAUGUGCGAAUAGUGAAUUUUAGGUUUGAAGUUAUUUCGAAGCAAAAUCAGAGCAAAUAGUUAUUUUGGUUGAAUAAUUUCGGAUCAAAUACGAAUAGUAUGUAUAUCACAUAUUACAAAGGCUUAUUUGUCAUGACCAAACUAACCUGCAGACUAAUUUUUUUUUUAAUUUGUAACAGGGCUUAUGAAUAUGCCAUUUUCUUGCAUCAAAGGAAGUGGGAACAACUUCGAAUAGUAGCAGGAUUUGACUUUUGAUAGAAUGCUAGUGAUAGCCUGUAAAAUUUGUUAUGUUUUUACAUUUUUUUAUUUGGAGCGUAUAAGUUGGUGUAAUGAGCUUGUAAACUCAUAAAAUGAAUCGAUGUGAGGGUAGGAACCUAAUUUAACCUUGAAGUGGGGCCUAGCAGCAGUGUAGAUUUCUCCUGGAUAUGUGUUUUCAUGGCUUGGCACUUCUCCGCUGCAGCGAAACCACUUUUACAGUGUGUUACAUGCGGACUAAUAUGCACCUAUUCGUUCGUCUUGGAUACUUCGAAAUUUUUAAUAAUAUAAAUUCGAUGCAAAGUGAAUUCGAAUACUGCAUUAUUCAGUUGAAUAUUCAAGGCAUUCAAAUAUUCGCGCAAGCCUGGAAUAAGCUCUAAAUAAAGGUUCCAGCCUGCAGCUGGUAUUGCACCUAUGCAAUUAUUGGCUUGGUUGAAAGCAUUGUGAACUAGUUGAGCGGAUCUUGUUGAGCCAACGUUCUGUAAGCAUUUGCUGUUAUGUCUACAACUUGUGCAAGGGCAGCCGAAGCUCACCACUGCCACUAAAGUUUGAACCCAUUUACUUGAAAGGUGUAUGCACUUAUUACUGGACUGGUCAAUGACACCACUACUACACUCACAUUUAACUAAUAUGUUUUAGCUAGAUUUAUCAAAUAACAGACUAUGAGAGUCGUGGACUGUGUAUGCUGUUAUAGUUGACUAGCAUAUAGUUGCCAUAUUUUCAGAGUAGCCAAGUCAAUGGCAGUGUAUAAUGUACAACGUAAAGGACUCCGUAAACUAUUUGUAGCAUAGGAAACAUUGACAGAAAAGAAGACAGGGAGAUGAUGAACAAGUUUUCAUGUACCGCCGCUUGUGUUCCUUUGUGUCUGUGUUUAAUACGCUACAAAUAAUUUCUGAUGUGAAACUUACAGCCCCAUAUAGUCAAUCCAUAAAAGACUGCUCUUGUCAGAGUCAGUUAAGCACCAAAGUAACCCCAAAAGCCUCUUAAUUUUGUGAUACAUAUCAUUUGAUGAAAUGUCAAAAUCUCACAAAUUGUGCUUGCUUGUGACGAAAAAUUGUUGAACAGGGAAUGUUGCUGAAGCCAAUAUUUUGACAGGAAGACUUUCAUUGUUUAUGGUCCCAUGAUACCUCUAUGCAGGUGGUGUAUUAAAAUUUUCUGAAACUUCA